ACUACGAGGAAAUGCGCAAAUAUGUACUUUUAUCGUUGCUCAAGUAAUAGUAUCAUUCUUUAUGAAAUUGUUGCUUAUAGUAAAUGAAACUGAUUAGUUUUAAAAUGAUAGUUUAAUUUAGCAUGUUGUUAAAAUUCAGUGUCUAUUUCGGUAUUUUACAUAUAAUACAAAGUUCAGGCGGACUAAAAUAUAUUGACGUACAAUCUAUUGAAAUAGAAAAGCCUUUGGAUAACUCAUUCAAAAACAAGUCUACUAAACCCAAAGCCGGCAGAAGAUCUUGGCUUGUAAAAUCUGAUUUUAAAUUCAGAUCUAAAGAUAAAGAUGCAAAUGAAAAUGAAAAGGAUGAAACGCUUAAAAGUAAAAUUGCUACACUAGUCGACCAGACAGUACACGACACUGAAAGAAAAAUAACAUCCAUUAAAAAAUUAAAAGAAGAACAUAGAGACGAAGAGCCUUACAGAGCUGGUUUCAUUUUAAGCAUGAUAAAGAAAACUAAAGAGGUUUUAAGCGAACUUUUUAAUGUUGCCGUUAAACAUAAGGAUGAUUGGAAAGCAUUGGAACAGUUAAAGGUAUUUGAACUAAUUGUUCAUACCAAUGUCGACACCACAAACUUGGUGAGGCAGCUUGUUGAGCUUCACAUUCAACAUCUGAAUUCCACCAAUAAUCAAAACAAUAGAAAAAGAGUAGUGUUAUUAUGAAAAUAAAUAACUUUUUUCAUAACCA